AUGGAGAUGGCAGGAGGUGCCAUGAUGCCCGGAGGAAUGAUGCCAUCCCCGGCGAUGCCGGCAUCCAACGGUACCGCUAUGCAGAAUAUGAUGAUGAUGCAUAUGACCUUCUUCUGGGGUAAGAAUGCACAGAUUCUCUUCUCAGGCUGGCCAGGAAGCAAUACAGGGAUGUACGUACUGGCCUUAAUCGUAGUGUUUGUGUUAGCAGUGCUGGUGGAGUGGCUUUCCCAUUGCCAACUGAUAAAAUCGACCAACCAUGUGGUGGUAGGGUUGCUGCAGACGCUUAUGCAUACCGUCCGUAUGGGACUAGCUUACCUGGUGAUGCUUGCUCUUAUGUCAUUCAAUGUUGGUGUAUUCCUCGUUGCCAUUGCUGGCCAUGCACUUGGCUUCUUGCUUUUUGGCAGCAUGGUUUUUAGAGCUGACCAGAUGCCCAUGCCUAUCAAUCAGAAACCCUCUGAUCUUCCUCCCAUGAAGUGCUGAUUAAUGGAAUGUUUGAUACCAUUC